AUGUCCACCAACACUGUCGCCCUCCUCAGCGCCACUGGUCUCCUCGGUAAACAGCUGGCCAAGACACUCGUCUCCCUCGCCUCGGCGGGCAAGAUCAAGCAGGUCGUCAUCCUCCACCGCCCCACGUCCGACCUCUCUGACAUCCCGGACAGCGUUGAACGCCGUAUCCUCGACAUUGAGUCCACUACUCCCGAGCAGGUCGCCUCUGCUCUUGAGGGAAUCGACGUGCUCAUCUCUGCCGCCGCCAAAGUCCCGUUUGACGCCCAGGAGCGUUUUAACAAGUCGCUCGCUGCAGUCACGACCCUAAAGGCAUUCAUUCCUUCCGAGUUUGCAGUCAACUGGACCGCCGAAGAGGCUGCCGACAAACUCAACGUUGUCGUACACUCCACGUUUGCCCUCAACGCGCAGCUACGUUCGCUCGGUGUACCCCUCGCUGUCGUGCACAACGGGCUGUUUGAGCCCUUCCUCUUCUUCACGCCCUUUACGGGUCUGGAUGCGGCCAACAACACUUUGGCGUUUUAUGGCGACGCUCUCCACCGUCCUAUUCCCGUCACGAGCCCCCAGUACCUCGCACAUGCGAUCGGGGAGCUGGUAUCGACAUACCCGGUCCAUGAGCUUGCCGGUAAGCAGUGGACGGUGAUCGAGUACGAGACGACGGGCCAGCAGAUUGUCGACGCCCUCGCCGCCGUUCACGGCAAGCCGCCCACGAUCACAUCCAUUACAGACGCCGACAUUGAGGCGCAGCGUGCGCUUGGGCCCGCCGCCGUCAUCGGUGCUGCGGCCAAGGUCAAGUGGGGCGCUGGGGUCUUUUCCAAGGACGACCAGUUUGUCCCUGCGGGUGUGGCGGCGGGCAACCUUGAGCAGACGGUCGCUGCGGCCUUCAAGGCUUGA